GUGGUGCGCGGCUCUCCGUUUUGCAGCGGCUGUUAUCCCUUACGGGUUAUGCUGCACGACAGUUUGCGACAGUGCCGCACGUGGAGAGAAGCUCGGUUGUAUUGAGAUACCGGUAGGGAGAGCAAGAGAGAGAGCGAGCGAGUAUGUGUGAGAGAGAGUGAGAGAGGGAGCAGAGCAGAGCAGCAGUGAGGAGCCACCGGAUAGACUGUGGAGACCUGAGCUGAGCUGCGGGCAUCGGCUGAGCCCAGCGACCACAGAAAUACAAAAAGAAAUCAAAGAACAAGAAACAAGAGCUGUGUUGACGCUACCGGUUCCAUGCCGUAUGGUCACUAGCCGCGGUAUCGCCAGAACAAGCGGAAGGGACUUGCAGAUACUUUUUAUUCAUAGGUUAUUUUUACUUUUCAGAAUUUUGCUUUUUUGUGUAUUUUUUGUUAUUUUUUCUGGGUUACUCGACGUCUUGCCUAGGGGCGCAAAUCCCAGAAAAAUGGACUAUGAUUUUAAAGUCAAGCUGACAAGUGAGAGGGAGAGAGUGGAGGACCUGUUUGAAUACGAGGGUUGCAAAGUUGGAAGAGGUACUUACGGACAUGUCUACAAAGCCAAGAGGAAAGAUGGAAAGGAUGACAAAGACUAUGCUUUAAAACAAAUAGAGGGUACUGGAAUUUCUAUGUCUGCCUGUAGGGAAAUAGCGCUUUUACGUGAGCUAAAACAUCCAAAUGUCAUUUCGCUGCAAAAGGUUUUUUUGUCUCAUGCAGACAGGAAAGUGUGGCUUCUUUUUGACUACGCAGAACAUGACUUAUGGCAUAUAAUCAAAUUUCAUAGAGCUUCAAAGGCAAACAAGAAGCCUGUUCAGUUGCCUCGAGGGAUGGUGAAAUCACUUCUGUAUCAGAUCUUAGAUGGCAUUCACUAUUUGCAUGCAAACUGGGUCUUACACAGAGAUUUGAAACCAGCUAAUAUUUUAGUAAUGGGUGAAGGUCCUGAACGAGGAAGAGUUAAAAUAGCUGAUAUGGGUUUUGCUAGGUUGUUUAAUUCACCAUUGAAGCCUUUAGCAGAUUUAGAUCCUGUGGUAGUUACAUUUUGGUACCGAGCCCCUGAACUACUACUUGGAGCAAGACAUUAUACCAAAGCUAUUGAUAUUUGGGCUAUAGGUUGCAUAUUUGCUGAGCUGUUAACAUCAGAGCCAAUAUUUCACUGUCGACAGGAAGACAUCAAGACUAGUAAUCCCUAUCACCAUGACCAGUUAGACAGAAUAUUCAAUGUCAUGGGUUUUCCUGCAGAUAAAGAUUGGGAAGACAUAAAGAAGAUGCCUGAACAUUCUACACUGAUGAAAGACUUUCGAAGAAAUACAUGCACUAACUGCAUUCACUGA